GCAUUUUGUCCCGUAGUAGAAGUUUACGUCAUAGUUGCAGCCUAGAAGUAAUAGCAUUUCAUGCAUUUUAUAGUCAUAUUACUUUACUGAUCCAAAAGCGGAUAUUUCUUGCAGCACGGUGGCGCUGUACAUACCUGUUCUUCAUACCCGAAAAUUUGCGGACUGAAUUCACACUCACAAGCAAGUAGUCCUGCGGAAACUAACAGUUGGAAGCUAGUUCAUCACAUAGCGUCAUAUUUAAAAUCGACGACGACCACGGCCACGACCACGAAGUCUUGCACGAACACUUGUGGCACCAGCAUUCACAAUUUAGGCACGCCUGCACAGCAGCCGAGCAGAUUUCUGUCGCAAAGCACCUUGUGCAUCCCCAAACUCAACGAGCACGACGGACUCGUAAGUAGCAGAAACCAUGCCCCCACGACGACAGGUCGAGGUGAAGAAAGAGACGAAGCCGAUGAAGCGGCCAAAGCAGGAAAGUCUGUUGCGACCCGUCGAGUUUGCCGAGGAUGACAGUCCGCCAGGAGCUGAGCCACGAACGAAGAUACCGCGGGAAAAAUGGCAGGAGUUGCUUGACCGGUUUACCGAGGACCAUUGGCGGCUUGCUAUCCUCUGUGAAAACGCUGCACCCGGCCGCCAACUUGUUUUUAGAGCUGUGGUCAUGGUAAUUUGCAAUAAGUAGCAGGAAGGAACAUCAUUUUCAAUAGAUCCCCGAUUCGUUGUUUUCCAUGCGUUUUCGGAACUCGAAAUACAAAUAAGUAAUGCUCAACUCACAGGAGCUAUGUUUUUUGCAAAUACAGCUGUGCUCUCUGUCUCUAAGUCGUCAGCACUACGCUGCAGACCGAUAUUAGUCAACAUUCCUGCCUCGCAAAGGUCGCGCGUUUGCGCUGUUAGUGAAAUUCCAGGAUGUCGACCGCAGGCUGGACGCGUUUUUUUCCAGAGGAUACUGGCCUGCAUGAUAGCCUUCCAGACAGGUGACAAUCUCGGAGACGUUGUGCGCUUGCCCUUAAGCCCGGAGUUCCUCGACCUACAAAAUGGGUUCAUUCGAAUAGUGCGCAG